AUGGAUUUGUCGUGUGGCGAAAAUCUGGAGAACUCAGGAAACAGCAACGGUGGAAGGCCAGAUGGCUGCAUCGCAGGCUUCGACCCAGCCCUCGACCGUAAUCCACACUUGUUGACGAAUCUCCUUGCAUUGGAAAGGUUUCAUGGAUUGCACACAGAUUAUUUUCAACACGUCCAAAUAGAUAUACAGCCGUUUAUGCGGAAGGUUGUCACAGUAUGGAUGUUGGAGGUAUGCGAGGAGCAGCGUUGUGAAGAGCAGGUGUUCUCCCUGGCCGUCAGCUAUCUGGACAGGUUCCUCGCACAGGUCGCAAUCUCAAGGAAGCAGCUGCAAUUGCUGGCUGUCACAGCAUUGCUGGUAGCAUCUAAAUUCCGACAGUGCCACGCCCUAUCCAUCGACCUCCUAUGCGCAUACACAGACAACUCAAUUCUGCCACAAGAAGUUCGACAAUGGGAACUAAUGUUGGUGCAACGGCUAAACUGGCAGUUAUCUAUUGCGACAGCGUUUGAUUUUGUUGACCCCAUUUUGGCCAGGGUACCUUGGGGCCGAACGAAUUCUUUGGUCCGAACACACGCCAUUACUCUAAGCUCCGUGUGCUAUACAGAAACCGAGCUACUUUUAGUGCCACCGUCCCUAAUAGCAGUGGCCUGCAUAACGGCAGCAGCUCGUGGUCUACGUGUGCGCAUGUCGGUAAACGACCUAUGCUAUCUCACAAGAUCUCCACCCGUUUCCACGGAACUCGUAGCUCGCCACGUGGAAACAGUCCUCGCCAGAGAGACUCAGGCGCAAGAACCCCGCACCAGAUACGCACAACCAACGAAACAGGCAUCGUCAGAUCAAACACAACUACCCAAUACACCAACAGAUGUUCAGGACGUUCGUUUUUAA